GGGGGGUCCUACUGCCGCCAAAAAGAAUCAAAUCGCCAUAGUUAGAAAUGAAGGUGUCCGAGAAGGAGAGAGCAGGUAUCCGCAGGUUUGUGUGUGCUCAACUCCGUGAUGAGCCAGACCUCAGCAAACUGACCUUAGGAAUUUUAAAAAGGCUAUAUCUGGCACAUGUGGGAUGUGAAUCACUAAGUCCAGAGGCCAGAAAUGUCAUGAAACAGGUGGUUAAAGAGGAACUCUUGAAAAUGCAGGAAAAAGAUGAAAAUGGAAGUGAGUUGGAGACCUUGAAGCCCCGAAACAAAAGGAAGAGAGACAAGGAAAAUGACGAGGUCAUAAGUGGUAAAGAAGAAGAAGAAGAAGAAGAAGAUGAUGAUGAAUCUAGGGCAAAGAAAUCACGUCGUCAGUCAACCUCAUCAUCAGAAUCGGAAGACAAAGAGGAAGGUGGAACUGGAAGUGAGGAGGAAGCGCAAAUUAAAUCUGAAUCUGAGGAUGCAGAGGAAGAGGGGAAAAACCGUAAAGCACGGAUAAACAGUGAAGACUCGUCAGAUGAGGAAAUUAAUAAGUCCAAAAAAAAAAGGAAUGACUGUGAUGACAGGCCAAAAGAAAUGGUGAUAAAAAGAGCAAAUGCUACAAAGACUGGAGAGACCAGAAGCAGCAAUACAAGUCAAGGAAAGACCCCACAGAGUGAUGAAGAGAAGGAAACCGACAUGGAUAGCAAGUCACAAAAGAGUGAAAAAAACAACGGCAAUGACUCCUCAGAUGACAGUGAAGAAGAAGAAAAAGUAUCUGUGGAAAAGAGAGAUAACGACCCAGAGUCCGAUUCAUCGUCACUCCCCUCAAUUGAGGAUGAAAAGAAUAGCGGAAAAGAAAAUUCACAAGAUGAUAAAAAGAAGAAAACCGUGAAAAAAGAAAAAAGCGACAGAGGUCAAAAGCAGGGUGACAAAGCUGUUGUGAGGCUCAAGCACUUCAUUUCUCUCUGUGGUCUGAGGCCCAAUUACAAGAAGCUCCUCGAUGGCUGUCGCUCUGUUCGCUCCCAGGUGGCUGUUCUGAAGAAGGAGCUCGAAGAACUUGGUGUCCAGGGUCAGCCAUCUGUUAAGAAGUGCAAAAUAGUCCGAAUGAAAAGAGAGGAAACCCAGGAACUAGCAGAGCUUGAUGUCAGCAACAUCAUUGCCACAAAAGAAUUGGAAGACAAAGACGAAGGUGAAACUGGAAGUGAGGAGGAAGCGCAAAUUGAAUCUGAGGAUGAAGAGCAAGAGGGGAAAAACUCCAAGCGAAUAAAAAAUGGAAACCGUAAACCGCGGAUAAACAGUGAAGACUCGUCAGAUGAGAAAAUUAAUAAGUCCAAAAAAAAGGGGAAUGAGAGUGACUGUGAUGACAGGCCAAAAGAAAUGGUGAUAAAAAGAGCAAAUGCUACAAAGACUGGAGAGACCAGAAGCAGCAAUACAAGUCAACCCUCAUCAGAGAGUGAUGACGAGAAUGGAACCGACACGGAUAGCAAGUCACAAAAGAGUGAAAAAAACAACGGCGAUGACAGUGAAAUAGAAGAAAAAGUCUCGGUGGAAAAGAGAGAUAACGACCCAGAGUCCGAUUCAUCGUCACUCCCCUCAAUUGAGGAUGAAAAGAAUAGCGGAAAAGAAAAUUCACAAGAUGAUAAAAAGAAGAAAACCGUGAAAAAAGAAAAAAGCGACAGCGGUCAAAAGCAGGGUGACAAAGCUGUUGUGAGGCUCAAGCGCUACAUUUCUCUCUGUGGUCUGAGGCCCAAUUACAAGAAGCUCCUCGAUGGCUGUCGCUCUGUUCGCUCCCAGGUGGCUGUUCUGAAGAAGGAGCUCGAAGAACUUGGUGUCCAGGGUCAGCCAUCUGUUAAGAAGUGCAAAAUAGUCCGAAUGAAAAGAGAGGAAACCCAGGAACUAGCCGAGCUUGAUGUCAGUAACAUCAUUGCCACAAAAGGUCGACCUAAACGCAGAGCAGCCUCAGCUUGGCAGGAAAAAAGCGAGCCUCCAUCCUCGACAUAUCUGCACACUCUGAACUCCGGCUCUGAUAGUAAUGAAGAAAACGAUUCACACAGAGGGCGCAGGAGAACCGACUGGGCCAACCUGCAGGGGAUCAUCAGUGAUGACGCAGACAGCAACUGACAUGGACAAUUCCUCUUGCAAGCGUUUGCAACUUUUCAGAGGCCACUUUGGAUGUGGAUGUUCCCUUUUCUUUGUUCAAGUCGAUUUUUGGUCUUUACAAAUUGUUUUGAUACUGAAUGUGAUACUAAAUAUUUUUAAAACCUUGUUAAACUGAUACAUGGGGUGACAUGUAUUGUAAUGUAAAAUGUACAUCUAUGUUAUAUAUUUCAAAUAAAAAUAUUUUGCUCUAA